GACAGGCUGAACCGCCUUCAGUCUGGUGCCCUGAGAGUUGUCAAGGUUUUGGUUGUGGAGUAACGUUAUCCGAGAGGGGAGCAAGGGCGGCUACGGUUGUACAAUGCCGAAUAAAACGAAAAAAGACAAGGAGACCCCCAAGUCUGGUAAAGUGGGCAAGAGUGGCGGACAAGAAAAUUCAGAGCAUGAGCAGAGCUCUAACAGGAAGGCUAGCAAUAGUGUUCCUCCCACCACUCAGCUGCUAAAGGGGAAGCAGCCAGGUUCCCAGACACCUGUCAAAAAGGACAAGAGGCAGAGCUCCUCUCGUUUCAGCUUGAGCAACAACAGGGAGCUACAGAAACUGCCUGCGUUCAAAGAUGUUCCCCCUGCAGAGCAGGAGAAACUGUUCAUCCAGAAGUUGCGGCAGUGCUGCGUCCUCUUCGAUUUUGUCUCAGACCCACUGAGUGACCUGAAAUGGAAGGAGGUGAAACGAGCGGCGAUAAGCGAGAUGGUGGAGUACAUCACGCACAACAGGAACGUCAUCACCGAACCCAUCUACCCAGAGGUGGUUCACAUGUUUGCUGUGAACAUGUUCAGGACAUUGCCGCCAUCAUCAAACCCCACGGGUGCCGAGUUUGACCCAGAGGAAGAUGAGCCAACGCUAGAGGCUGCAUGGCCACAUCUACAGCUUGUCUAUGAAUUCUUUCUACGGUUCUUGGAGUCACCUGACUUUCAACCAAACAUAGCCAAAAAGUAUAUUGACCAGAAGUAUGUAAUGCAGCUCUUAGACCUGUUUGACAGUGAAGACCCCAGGGAAAGAGAUUUUUUAAAGACCACUCUUCAUCGCAUCUAUGGCAAGUUCCUGGGCCUGCGAGCGUACAUUAGGAAACACAUUAAUAACAUAUUUUAUAGGUUCAUUUAUGAGACUGAACAUCAUAAUGGUAUAGCAGAAUUACUGGAAAUAUUAGGCAGCAUAAUCAAUGGCUUUGCAUUACCGUUGAAAGAAGAGCACAAGAUAUUCCUGCUGAAAGUUCUGCUGCCUUUACACAAAGUCAAGUCUCUUAGUGUAUACCACCCACAGCUGGCCUACUGUGUGGUGCAGUUCUUAGAGAAGGAUAGCACCCUCACAGAACCGACGGUAAUGGCUUUGUUAAAGUACUGGCCAAAGACCCACAGUCCAAAAGAGGUGAUGUUCCUGAAUGAACUGGAGGAAAUCCUGGACGUCAUUGAGCCUUCGGAGUUUGUCAAAGUCAUGGAGCCCCUCUUCAGACAGUUGGCUAAGUGUGUGUCCAGCCCACACUUUCAGGUGGCAGAACGAGCUCUGUACUACUGGAACAAUGAGUACAUCAUGAGCCUGAUCAGCGACAACGCCGCCAAGAUCCUGCCCAUCAUGUUCCCAUCCCUGUACCGCAACUCCAAGACCCACUGGAACAAGACGAUCCACGGGUUGAUUUACAAUGCUCUGAAACUCUUCAUGGAGAUGAACCAGAAGCUGUUUGAUGACUGCACCCAACAGUUCAGGGCAGAGAAAAGCAAAGAGAAGGCCAAAUGGAAAGAGAGAGAAGAAGCGUGGCUGAAGAUUGAGAAUCUUGCAAAGUCAAACCCACAGUUUGUGAUAUACAUUGACUCGAUAGGCUCAGGUAGUCCGAUGGACAUGGAAACAGACGGGCCGCUGCUAGACGAUGUCAACAUGCUUAAGAAAGCAGUAGAGGAGGAGGCAAUACAGAUCCAAAAAGAUCAGCGUAGAGAGCGCCCAUUGAUGAGGAGGAAAUCAGAACUCCCCAGGGACAUCUGCACUGUCACAGCCUUGGAGUUGCACCGGAGAGCCGAUGAAAUGUUGACGCCGCACGACGGCCACUAAGAGAUCGCCCCAGAUCCACCGUAAACCAGCAGCAGCAGCAGCAGCAGCAGCAGCAUUAUCCACAGAGGAACCACAGGCCCACAGAGGUCAGCACAACUACAGAACUCUGGUAUCUCAGCCCAGCACAACAGAGCUGAACAGUCCCAGCUCCACCUGAACAGUCCCAGCUCCACCUGAACAGUCCCAGCUCCACCUGAACAGUCCCAGCUCCACCUGAACAGUCCCAGCUCCAGUCCCAGCUCCACCUGAACAGUCCCAGCUCCACCUGACGCAGAAAAUGUCAAAAGCUGCAGGUCUAAUGAGCCUGAUUUGGCUUUGAGCAGUGCUCUGACCCUACUGACCCCAACCUGCCUCCCUCUUUUAUCCACCUGGUUGUUCAGCAGAAACAUCUGUGAUGCCUGAUGGUCCUGUGUGACCACGACAUGCACCGUGGCCCUGAACCUUCUCCAAGAUACUAUAGUGUUAUCUCUUUCUCCUCCCUCAUUUUGCUCCUGUCCUCUCAACUUGUUGUGUUUUUUCAGGUACUGGGCUGCCCCCUUCUGGUCAUUUCUCUCAGGUGUUCUGUUCUGUGCGCGAGCCGUCUUAUCUUCUUGCCUCUUCUUUAUAGAUGUCAGGUGCUUGUACAAUUAAUAUGAGCCUUGUUUGGUUUGAUUUUUAAAACAAAAAGCAUCAGUGGAUGAGAAAAUGUCUCUAUAUAUUUAAUAUUAGCUAAUAUUCUCAUUUAAACAUACAGACAGCUGUUUAUAUUUUAUUUUUCCUAUACAUAGUAUAUUAGGAGCUCUUCUCAGAGUAAAACACACUUCCUAUCUGUACAACUGCUCUGGAGCUUGCUAUUUUUUUUUCCAUUAGCUGUGAAGAUUUAUUGAUCGUUCUGUUAAUCAGGACAGGGUCAUCUGGGACUACCAGCAGAGUGUGUGUCUGGAUUAAUAGCAUUACAACACAACUCUGUUCAUCAAACAGUGCUGGCCUGACAGAGGACUAGGUUUUCAAUCGAACAGAUCUUUGUGCUUGUGUAAAAGCAUAGUCUGGUGUCAACUUGUCAUUCAUUUAGGAAAAAAAAGUGUGUGUGUGUGUGUGUGUGUGUGUGUGUGUGUGUGUGUGUGUGUGUGUGUGUGUGUGUGUGUGUGUGUCAAACAAUGGUCAGAUGGUUUGUUAUUACGUGUUUGGAUCUAUUUGAUUGGUUCUUACGAUGAGUCCAGCCCGAGCCCUGUUACAUGAGAGGGGAUUGUGGGAUUUAUUUUUGGUCACCUGUUCACAUCCAGCCAUGGUAGGAGUGUGUUCAACAUGAUCAUUUAGCAUUCAGUACAAGUCGCUGUCAUUCAUGUGAGGCUUACGAGAGGUCAGAGAGAUGUAGUUGCUCAUCUGGGAUUUGCACAAUGCUGCUGUGUGUUGAGUCAACAGGGGCAGAAACUGUGCUGAUAGUGAACGCUUUUUCUACUCUUCUCAAGCAAGACCCUUUUUAUUUAUAAAACACUUGUUAGAGAUUAGACUGCUUUGAGAUGAGGUAUGUUUGGUUUGAAGAGGUCAAACAUAAGCCUUUCUUUUCACAGUGCCUUUUAUAGUCUAAGGGGAUUUUUGCUCAACCGAGAAUCGAGUAGUAGCAUGAACUACAAUGCCAGAUCAUUUAAAAAAAUAAAUAAUUAACAUUAGUUUUGAUGCGUUCAAGUCCGUACUUGGCACACCUCCAGCCGCUGCCUUGCUGAAGCUACAAAGUCGAUUCUGUAGUUAAAAGAGGAGAAGCAGAGUGGUCGCCCCAAGCCACCUAGCGAUGAAACACUUCCUGAUAAAACUUGAAAGAAAACAGAAAAAAAAUAACUCGUAAAGAAUUGAAAUCCGUGAUGCUGUCUGUCCUGCUGUGUGGGGUCACCUCCUCUGGGUGGGGUCGAUGAGAGCUAGCCUCCACAGGAGAGGAAAUCACCUCCCAUUGUGACUUUUCCAUUCUGUGCCCGCACUGUCCCAUUCCGCUUUUUUGAUUUGUACCAUUGUUUGACCCCGUCUGCCCUGACCUGCACACUGACUGUAACCCCCCCCAUCCUCCCUUCUGCCUAGUUGGCUUGUUCUUUGGACAUCUGUAUGAUCUGCUUCUGGAUGCUUGCAAAUUCUUUUUGUUGUGGUUUUAUUCUUCCUUUGGCUGCAGAACCUCUGUCAGUGUUUCAACUGAAUGUGCAAAUUGUAAAUAAUACUGCCACGUUGUUCUGUUCUCUCCAUGUUUGUCUUGAAGAACAACAUUCCCCAAAGGCUUUUUACCUCAUCCCCUCUGCCCUGCGAUGGAUUUGAUGAAAGUCACUCCAUCCUUUCAGUUAUCUGCACCCUCUGAUUGUUGGUUGUCUGGGUUGUCAUGCAGGCGCGUCCCGUUGGUGAAUGUUGUUCUUCCUGAAAUGGCUUUAAUAUUGGCUUCUUUGGAGCUUUCUUCAUUUCACAUAAGCUUUGUCUUCUUUGAAAAGAAUGAGGUGUCCUUUUAGUAUAAGUCUCAUACUAAAUGGCUUCAUCUAAUAUUGUACAUAUAAUGUACUUUUAUUUUAUGUUAUAACUAUUAAAUGGUAGAUUUCAUAUUUUGUACAAAAUACCCCGUGUACAGAAUUAGCAACUGCAGACAGUUGGUAUGUGGCACAGACUUCAACACGUGUAACUAUUUACAUUUAGAAACCAGAUAGAAUUUGGAUAGUUUUUUUAUCUAUUUGUAAACUGACAUCUUUUCCGUUUUUGUUUUUCAUCUUCACUUGUGUGUUGAGAUUCUACAUACAUGAGCUUUUUUUGUGUGUGCUUUUAUCCAAAUCUCCAGUGGUGUACAUCUAUCUAUAUACAACAAAUAAAGAGAACAUGUGAGUUUUAUAUUUUCAUCCUAAAAAAGAA